UGAUGAACACAUUUGUUAUAUUAAUAUCAAUUUAAUCAAAAAUGUGUGAUAAUAUCAAUACAUAUUCAUCAAGUGAUACCAUUUACAAGAAAUUCUUGGAGACACUCAAACGCGAUGGUGUUGUCAAAUGCAAGAAGUGUCAGAUCAACGACGGCUUUGUUUUAUUGCAACGAAAAGAUGUCUUUUGUCGUCAAUGUUUGGCCAACUAUUGCGCCCAUAAAUUCAGGUCAACAAUCGGUAAAUCAAAAGCUAUUCAAAGAGAACAACGGAUUAUCAUUGCAUUCUCCGGUGGCGUCAACUCAUCGGCAAUGAUUGAUUUGAUCAAAGAUGGACUCAAUGAAGACCAACACAGAAGACUUAGAUUUGUUCCGUCACUUGUUUAUAUCGAUGAUAGGAUUUUGCGACAAAACGAAUCAAUUGAAGAACAAGAGUUGAUAUUUAAAGAGAUAACUAAUAUUAUGAUAGAAACCAAUUGGGAUUGUUAUGUGUCAUCCAUUGAGAUGUCUUACCGACAAAAUAAUGAUAUUUUUUAUACCAAAAUUAAUAAUCAAAUAAACAAGACAUCAGUUGAAUGUCAGAAAACAUUUAGUGAUUGCUUUUCAAGUAUUACAUCUUUAACCUCGAAACAAGAGUUUAUCAAACAGAUGAGGACACGUUUAAUAGUUGACAUCGCGGCAAAUGAAAAGUUUGACAAAAUAUUUAUGGCCAAUAAUGCCACACAUUUGGGCAUCAAUUUGUUAAGCGAUGUGGCCAUCGGUAAAGGCAUUCAAUUGCAAUCCGAAGCGGUGUUUGUUGAUGAACGACAAGAAGUUCCAAUACUUAGACCAAUGAGAGAGUUGACAGCAAAAGAAAUUACUUUUUAUGCUAUUAUGAAAAACUUAAAGUUUGUCAUCACUAAGACAUUAACAACAAACACAUCACUGAAAUCAAGUUUACAGCGAAUGAGUGAAUCGUUUGUGAAUGGUUUGCAAUCGGAAUUUCCGGCCACUCUCUACACUAUUAUGAAAACGGGUGACAAAUUGAAGGUCGACUCCGAUGACACCGACUCUCAACUCAAAUGUUCAGUUUGUAGUAGUAUAAUCGACACAAUAAACCGUCCAAAAUGUUCAGCCUAUGAGACCCUUCGUUUAACUAACUAUUUAUCAAACAAUUCCAUACAAAAUCCUAAUGAUAUGAAUAGUUUGAGUCUCAAUACUAGUAAUAUUUUGCCUCAACUUUGCUAUAGUUGUAAUAUUAUCGCCAAUGAGAUGUCAAAUGAGACUAAAUUUCCAAAAAAUUUAAGCAAAAAAUUGAUAUAA